UUUAUUUCAAUGAUACGAAACACUGACAACUGAUAUUUUGAUGGGUAAUUCUCAUUUCAAGAUGGGUGUGCUGCACUUACAUUGAGCUAAGCCCGUACCAACCAAUACAGUUUGAUAUGAGUUUUGUUUUCCAACAGUUUAAGUCCUGCAAACAGUAACUGCUUCAUAUUAUUUCCAAUAAAAAUACUUUUUUUUUUCAUGUCAAUCAUCUAAUACAAGUAGAACAAUGAUGCCUAAUUGGGCUAGAUCCAGUAGAACCAACCAAUUUUGUCUGAGGUGACAAGCGACUUCAAUGAACUGAUGAGAUUUGUCAAAUUUCUCUUAUAUCUCUGCUGAGAAAGUAAUGUUUUCACCCCUGUUUUUUUUUUGGAGGGGGGGGGGGUUCCAGUAGUUUAGUAGACGCAAAAAAAAUACAGAUUGCUUCGUAAUUUGGUGGAAAGAUGGGACAUGGUCCAAGAAAGAACCAAUAAAAUUGUGGUGCUGAGUGUUUGUUUGUUUUUUUGGGGGUUUUUUUGUACAUGUUCACCCUUUUCCCAGGGAAUGAUGCAUGUAACUUGUUGGGGGAAAAACAUGUGGUGUUGUUUGUGUAAAUAUCGGGGGACUGACGUGGCUCUACUGAGUACCAUUGUGGUUUGUGCAGUAAAGAGAGUUUGCUGAAUCUGACUUGAAACACUUUAGGAAGUUUAGGAUAAGAGUUUAAAACGUUGCUCCAUAUAGUUUAUUUUAUCAUAUUUCAGACAGCUGAGUUACCUCUCACAAUCUAAACGGAAUAAUUUGUAAAGCCAGAUGAAUAUACACCACAGCCCAUGAGACUGAUGGUGAAAAUGUACAGUAUACACUUACGGUGGUUUAAUCAGCAGCUGGAUGGCUUUGUAAGGGAAUACUUUUCUAUAAUGCAAGGAUUUCAGCCCUGCAAUGUGAAAGCUCAAGGGAAUUGGGGUUUGCUGUAGAAUUUGCUAUAGAUUUCAUGUAAAUGCACUCAAAAAACACCAGCGUCAAUGUUCUUUGCAUCCUUGGAUGGCUUUUACAGUUUGCUUGUGCAGUUUUUGUUUUGUUGUGUUUAGAGUCCGACCGAUAUUGGAUUUUACCGAUGACGAUAUUACAGAGAAAAAAGAGUGAGGAAACAUUUGACUUUUUAGCAUUUAAGCUGAAGGAUGUUAGGUGCACAACAUUUAUUCAGCUGUAUUGUUCUGAAUAUUACUGAUGAUGUUUACCAGUGCAAAAUCAUUUCAAAAUGGGAUUUUAUCUUCAAGCAUUGUCCUUUGACAUGCACCAGAUAUUGAAUUUGUGAAAAAGUUUAGUAAAUGGGAAUAGUUUGCAAAAAAGGUCCUCAUGUUGUAACUGUGAGCUGCUUAAUUUAUAAUUUUGUUGUCACAUUUGUCAUUUUUUAUACUCUGGUCUAUUUUGAAUUAAUUAAUUAUAUAGUCAACGAUCAUACACAUUGCAGCAGGAUAGUUAGGUUAUACAUGUAUAAUUAGAAUUUUAACUCCGUGCCAAGAUAGUCAAAGUGUCCUGUUAUUCAGUCUGCAGCUGUAGACACGUAUAGUAUGUUUCACAAUAAUAAUAAAAAUGUAGCUGGUAAAUGUUGCUCUGUCAGUUGAAUUAUUGCAUUAAAAGCAGGUGCACAUCUUCCAUGUGUUGUUCAAGUUCACUAUGUACAGAAACAGUUACCUUAGCACAGAAAAGUACAACCAAUUAAACUGGGACAGAUCAGAAACAAAGUAAAGGUAAUGCCAAGUGUGUGUUUAUGUCCUGCGUCUAUAUGAAAGCUCACUGAGUCAGAUACAGAAAAAGAUUUGAAGGGCAAAAUACACAGGGAGGGACUUCUGGGGAAAUAGAAACUCAGCACUACAUGAGAACAACAACCCCCACACAUACUCCCAUUUCCCUCCCAUCCCUCUAUAUGUUGUGUGCUCUAAAGCAAAACAAGAGCCGUAGCAUUUUGCGAAAGACGUGUGACAAUGGGUCUGUGGACACUGCUUCUUCUGCAUUUACACGUUGUGUUUUGUGUUUCUCUCCCAGCACCUUCCAAUGUCUCCAUCUCUUCCUUUAACAUGGAGCAUACAGUCAACUUCCUGCCAGGUCCCAGGACCCCCUCCGACACCCACUUCACUGUCCAAAUCGUCCAGCAGAGGAAGAGCUCGUGGAGACCAGUGGUAGGUUGUUUGGAGCUGACACCUGGACAGAUGUGCAACCUAACUAGAGUGUUUAAGAACCCGUACACUCAAUACAAAGCCCGUGUCCAGGCCUUCACACCCAGCCUGACAUCCAACUGGACCGUAACAGGCUGGUUCCUGCCUCUGUCAUCCACUGUGCUGGGACCUCCCAACGUGUCUGUGUCUGGCUGUGGGAACUGUUUGAUCCUACUGCUCAAAGCUCCUGCAACUAAGAGCCUCCAGCUGGAGAACCUCUACAGAGGAGUCAUUCUCAAUGUGCAAAGGACCAGAGAUGGGGCACAGUUCAGACUGAAUCUGCCAUAUAGUGAGGAGAAGGUGAUCAUGUACCUGCAGCCAGGUACAGAGUACUGUGUGACCGUCUCUGUGACAGCGUUCUUUAACAACAACUCUGUCUCCAGUAAACCUUACUGUGCCUUCACCAGCCAUCCUCCACCCAGAAGCUCAUUGUAUGUGGUCUUUGGCCUGCUGGGUGCUUUCUGUAUGCUGGGCUUCCUCAUCACCCGAUUUGUUGUUCAUGGUUGUCAGCUGUAGCUUCAAGUUUCUAAGAUGAAAGCCUGUCCACAACUGUGGUUACUGAUCCAACUCAAGAAUUAUUAGAGAUGAGAUAAAGUUCAAACUGAUAUGAAAUGAUUAGCAGAUGUAGAAGAUUAAUGAGUUAGUCAACCAAAUGCUUUAAUAGUCUACAGCCAUGAAGUCCGAUUGUCCCAUGAGCAGUCCCAACCUAGAGUCUCCUACUAGUUUCAAAAGCCUGAUAGAUGUUAUUCCUCUGUACCUUAAUGCUCCAUUGUUUCUGAAAACUAUGAUAAACACAUCACUGAGCCUGUGAUAUGUUCCUUCAUUCCAAUGAACACACAAACUUUGAUUAUUUUGACUUGAUCCCAUACACACUAUCUUGUUGCCCCACCUAAUUGGAACAUUAACAACAUGUUAUCUAAUUGUUUUUGUAAUUCUAGGUAUCAGUUGGGUAGAGAUUAGAGCAACUGUUAGCCAACUGUGUCCUCUCUCUCUCUCUCUCUCUCUCUUUUUUUCUUUUCUGCCCACCUCUCCUCUCUCCCCCAUUUUUCUCAUCUCAGCCCAACCGUUCGGGGCAGAUGUCCGUUCUGCUGGAGAUUUCUUCCUGUUAAAAGGAUUUUUUUUUCUCUCCACAGUCGCUAAGUGCUUGCUCAUUGUGGCAACUGUUGUGUUUCUCUGUAAUAUUGUGAGGUCUCAACCUCAAUAUGUAAGGUGCCUUCAGAUAAUCUAUGUUGUGAUUGGGCGCUAUGCUAAUAAAAUUGAAUUGUGAAAUCAUUGUGAUUUUAAA